AUGGCCUCACUAACAAGCCUUCCAUAUGAGGCACUAAAAGAAGUAUUCAACCAUAUUAAUCAACACCAAGCUUUGGCGCUUGCUCCAUUACAUUCCAAGUUUUACUUCAUUGCAAAGUCCAAGUUGUACAGAAAUAUUUAUGUGUAUUACCCCCAGCCCUUGAGGAAAGAGCUAAUCAACCCCAAUGGCUUGAAAGUGAAGUUUCAUUACCCCAAGAACAUCAACAAUCGCAAAAGUAACAUGUGUACUAUCAUAUCAUUUGACACCUUUGAAAGGUAUUUUGAGAAAAUGGAUGCAACUCAGGUGAUUGACCGUCUAGAAGUAGAUGGCCAUGAUAUGUAUGUCAUCAAAUCUGUUUUAAAACAUUUCACGGCCAUUAAAUCCUUAGAGAUCAUUAGAUCCAGACACCGUGACUUAGUUCGUGAAGAUGUCAGCGAUAACAUUCUCGAAUGGUUGGAAACUUACCAUCGUGAUACAGUAUUUGUAUCACCGCUAAAUGAUGAUUGUCUUGAUCACACCAAACUUGAUAAUCCGAAAGUGCUUAAACUUUCUCUCGGAGGUG